AUGGCUGUCAAGUAUCAGGAACUGUUGGAGGAGUUGCAGCAGCUAUACUGGCAAUCGGCACAGCGCGAACUUUGCAAUAUGCUCCUUUUCUACCCACACCUCCGGAAUCAUGCCGAAGGACGACCGGAGGAGCCAAAUCCCGCUUUUGGCAAAUUCGAAAAGAUGUUUAAGACUUGGGACGUCGACGUACUCUACGAACCAGUGGAUCAGUCUUUUGUCAGCAAAGUUGGGAAACCCUUCUCUGUGGAACACAUCAAGCAUGUAGGAUUGGCUCCGAUCGUCUGCAGCGGCUGUAAUAACUUUGUGCGAUCCUUAGUCUUCUACGAGUGCAAUCAAGGGUGUACACAACCCAACCGCUUCAUCAGCUGGUUGCAGAAGGAUAUCAGAAGCCUCGGAGUACCUGAAAGCGAAAACUUCCUCGAUUCCGUUCCUGUCCGCUUUUGCCAGUCAUGCAUCACCGGCAACCAUUUCGUUGCUGGAUGUGGCGUCGCCCAUCUCAAGAAGAUCUACCAUCGCAAUCCAUCCCUCAAGCCAAAAGGUGGGCGUACAGAGCUCGUUACUGUCUAUUCACGGUCUGACAGUAUCGUAGUCCUUCAAAAGUUCCAGCUCCGUUGUGAGAAUGAGAUGACAUCGACCGCGUCGCGCGGCGUCGCCACUUCUCCGUUGAAGAAAGGAGCUAGAAUCGUGAAAAAUGUUGCUCGCAACACUAUGAUGGUGGAAGCUUCGCCGUUGAAUAGGCUUGUCAGAGGUAUCUGUGGAGACCUGCGUGCGAAGGUUGCUCCAGCUGGUUUUUUCCACUUAUCAAUGCAGUUCGGACCGCUCAUUUUUGAAACUGGACUGGAUGGGUACGAGCUUGUCGAUCAGAUUAAAUUUGCAAGCUUGACUAACGAUGUUAGCAUUAAUCGCGGUGUCCUCGUCCACCCUCGACCGUAUCCAAGGCUAUUUUGUGAAGAGGACACACCUACGAACUUCAUCGAAUAUACAGAUGACAAAAUGUCCCAGUAUUACACGCGCCAAUGCCUCGUACUGUUCGAUGACAGCAAGAAUAAGAAAAUUCGGACUCUUGCAACACCCACGAGAGAGAUACGACAACGCAACUGCCUUGCGCAGUUGAAACGCGUGUGUGGCGGCGCUUUCACGGGAUAUCUACACCCCAACAGCACUCAAGAGACACGUAUCCUCGAACAAUUCGUGCUGGAAGCGAACAAACGCAAAGCUCGAACUUCCAAGACGGUCAAAGCUAGACGAAAGCAAUUGUACGCCUCGGCAGAUAGACUACUGGAGCUCCUGAAGGAUUGCAUAUCUGGAGAGGUGGACAAAUAUCUCGAUAACAUUGCAUCGCUUUUGUUGCACUCAAAGACACGACUAUCAUUUAACAAGUUCAACAACAACUGUCAAGGACUUACUGAUCGGUUUCUGACGGGGAAGCACUUCGAAUAUGUCUUCCCACGGCUGCCUGUCGACGUUUCGGAGACCGAAUUGGAGCCGAACAUAUCGACAUAG